AUGUCGGACGCCACCGACACCGACGUUUGUACUCCCGCAGGCGACACCGUGGAGUCACCCCGCUCGCCGCCUCGCCCCGUCGUUAUCGAUCACACCGCUUUCCCCUCUAUCAUCAACCUCAUCGUCAGUCACACAACCUACGACGACUGGAUCAAAUGGCGCCAGACCUCUCGCGCCUUUCGUGACCGUAUGGAAGCCCUCAUCUGCUACCACAUCCGCUUUGAAGGAGAAGGCUUUGACAACGGGUGGGGCUGCUUUUACCGUCCGGACACCAACUUCAAGCUCAACCGCAACGACCUCAAGAUCCCCUGUCUGCGCCUCGACCAGCCCUUCCGUGGGCGCACAUUCAAGCUUCUUGGCAAGCACACUCGUAUCCUCGACCUAGGCGACGACUGCCUUGCAGUGCCCUUGGCCCAUGGCACACCCUCACCGGAUCAGCUGUUUACAGGCCUCCGCCUGCUUCGCCGCGGCCAAGGCAUUAUCGCACCCACCAGCGUCCACAAGCAUGUCGCGUGGGAAUACAUGCCCACCAGUUUUUCCUCGGGAAAGGACAAAUGGGACGACAUUAGGAGCAAUGGAGUAAUCUUCCUUGUCGGCGUCCGCCACCUCGUUUUCCACUUUGAUUAUGACAAAAAAUCCGCCAUCUUUUCGCCUAGGCUCUUUAUUCACGACUGGAAGACUCUCGACACAGUCGUUUGGAUCUUUAGCGACUACGGAAACGACCACUUUGGGUUCCCCAAGCAGCCCGGCAACAUCUUCCGUCGCCCCAAGCCCAUGUCGGAUGACGAGUUCAAAAAGCUUGUUGCCGAUAACACGGCCUCAGAUGUCCGUGUUGGACGCGAUGACCCUGCGAACGAUCUUCGUGAUAUCCUGCAGUUCAUGGGUAUCUUGGACGAUGCCAAAAUCCCAAUCUCCAAGACGACUGAGAUCAUUUUUGUCGGCCUGGAGGAAUUCGUCGACGUCACGGCGCACGUCCCCAAAAACAAGAAAAACGACAAGACCACCCUCAUCGCGUUCCUCCGCAAGAUUAUCGGGAUCCUUUUGCACGAGAUUGAGUAUGUUCUUCCUCGCAGCCGUGCCAACGAGAUCAUGAGCCAGAUCAAGAUCUUCACCCACGAGGAGUACUGCGACCGCAUCGGCCUCGACGAGUACUGGCUCGAGACGAGAGGCGGCAGCCAAGGACGCCCCCUUCCUACCAUGUCGACCAGGAAGAUUCAAGGCGCCAGGUAG